AUGGUUGAACCGAUUGCCAUUAUCGGCUCUGGCUGCCGUUUCCCAGGCGGUGCCGAUACGCCAUCUAAACUCUGGUCAGUGAUCCACCAUCCUCGCGACCUCAGCAGCAAACCGCCUGCCUCCCGUUUCGAUAUCGACGCUUUCUAUCAUCCCGUCGGCACCCACCAUGGCACCACAAAUGCUACCAAGUCGUACUGGCUAGAGGAGUCCGAUACGAGCAACGUCGCCAAGUUUGAUGCCGGAUUUUUCAACAUCCAGCCCAGCGAGGUGGAAGCCAUGGACCCUCAGCAACGGUUGCUGAUGGAAGUCGUUUAUGAUGGUCUAUGUGCCGCUGGUCAGCCAAUGGAGAAACUUCGCGGCUCUGACACUGCGGUCUACGUCGGACUGAUGUCUGAUGACUGGAGUACCAUGUUAACCCGUGAUUGGGAGACGUUACCUCGAUAUACUGCUACUGGACUUGAGAGAGGGAUUGUAGCAAACCGCGUGUCAUAUUUUUUUGAUUGGCACGGCCCUAGUAUGACUAUCGAUACCGCAUGCUCCAGCAGUUUGGUUGCAUUGGACCUGGGUGUGCAGGCCUUACGGAGCGGCAAGUCCAAGGUCGCUGUCGCCGCUGGCACAAAUUUAAUCUUGAGUCCAGCGAUGUAUAUUUCUGAGAGCAACCUUGGGAUGCUUUCCCCAACAGGUCGUUGCGCUAUGUGGGAUGCCUCAGCAGAUGGAUAUGCACGCGGUGAGGGUGUUGCGGCAGUCUUUCUCAAAACCCUUUCCCAGGCAAUUGCGGAUAAUGACCCCAUUGAGUGUAUCAUCCGCGAAACCGCCGUUAACCAGGAUGGCCGAACUACUGGGCUGACUAUGCCCAGCAACCUCGCACAAUCUAAUCUUAUCCGUGAAUGCUACUCUAGAGCAGGGUUGGAUCCCACCAACAAUUUACAGGAUCGCCCUCAGUUUUUCCACGCCCACGGUACAGGUACCCAGGCAGGUGAUCCACAGGAGGCGGAAGCUAUUUCGAGCGCCCUAUUUCCUGCUGGCUCUCAUGCAGAAAAGGAGGCGGAUAAGCUACUUGUCGGCUCUAUCAAGACCGUCAUCGGCCAUACUGAAGGCACGGCCGGGUUGGCCAGUGUGAUUGGCACGAUGAUGGCACUGAAGCAUGGCAUCGUCCCGCCCAACUUGCAUUUCGCAAACUUGAGCGCCAAAGUCGCCCCGUUUUUCAAGAAUUUAAAAAUUCCGACUGCCCCAAUGCCAUGGCCAGUUAAGGAAGGCCAAGUAAGAAGGGCGAGCGUUAACAGUUUUGGGUUCGGCGGAACUAACGCCCAUUGUAUUUUGGAGGAGUAUGUUCCGGAAAAAAAGCCAAUCACCUCAAUUUUCACUCCUCUGCCUUUCUCGGCUGCUUCAGAGACCGCAUUACGGACCAUGUUAUCCCAGCAUCUUGAGUAUCUCAAGUUAAAUCCUACUGUCGAGUUUUCAGACCUUGCUUACACACUGCAGCACAGGCGGUCUACACUUCCAUACCGCAAAGCUGUCGUUGCAGCGACAACCCAGGACGCUAUUGAGUCCCUUGAGGGUAUAGUUAACGCUUCGUCUGAUAACAAAGACGACAUCGAACUCGGUACCAGGUUCGGCAUGGUUUCCACGCCUGCAAAGAUAUUAGGUAUCUUCACUGGACAGGGUGCUCAAUGGCCACGGAUGGGUGCCCAGCUGAUAGAGUCCUCGCUCUUUGCAGCAUCGCGCAUUUCCGAGUUAGACGCUGCUCUCCAGAGCCUCCCAAACCUGGGAGACCGACCCGCUUGGACUCUUAAAGAUCAGCUCCUUGUAGGGAAGGAAACAUCGCGUAUCGCGGAGGCUGCCCUUUCCCAGCCCCUUUGUACAGCUGUCCAGGUUAUCCUAGUAGAUAUCUUACGAGGGGCCGGAGUCUCAUUUACAGCAGUGGUUGGCCAUUCAUCCGGGGAGAUUGGUGCCGCAUAUGCAGCAGGCCUUAUAUCGGCACAGGAUGCCAUCCGCAUUGCCUACUUUCGCGGUGUACACGCAAAGUUGGCGUCAAGCCCGAAUGCCCAUGGGCCCCGCGGCGCGAUGAUGGCUGUCGGCGCCUCAGUUGAAGACGCACGAGUCAUUUGCUCUGAAGAAAAUUUCGUUGGUCGGAUUCAAGUUGCUGCUGUGAACUCAGGUUCGAGUGUUACUCUCAGCGGUGAUGAAGAUGCUGUGGACGAAGCUGAGGCACUUUUCAAAUCUCAGGGCAUAUUUGCCCGAAAGCUGAAAGUUGACACCGCAUAUCACAGCGCACACAUGGCUCCUUGUGCGAGGCCCUAUCUUUUCUCAUUGGAGGGAUGUGCCAUUCAGUCGAACCCACCACGUCAAGAUACCACCACUAUCUGGCACUCUACUCUCAACGGAGGGGAACCUAUGACCCAUGAUCGACUCACUAACCAAUACUGGGUUAAUAACAUGUGCAAUGCUGUCCUUUUCGCCGAUGGCGUUGCCAAUGCGGUGCAGCAAAUCGGUACAUUCGAUCUGGCCAUUGAAGUUGGCCCGCACCCUGCGCUUAAAGGCCCAGCAACGGCUACCAUAGGCAGCAUUCCAUACACUGGCUUGCUUUCUCGUGGGCUCGACGACAUCAAGCAGCUCAGUAAUGCUCUAGGCUUUAUCUGGACACAGCUCGGUCCUGAGAGUGUCCGAUUUUCUGCAGUCGAAGGGUUAUUAUCUGGAAUCGAAAGCAGGAAGCCAUUAAAGGAUCUCCCUUCAUACCCUUUCGAACAUAAGCGCGACUACUGGACAAAUAGUCGUCUCGCGAACCAUUUCAAAGAUAAGCGCGCUAUCCAUCUUCCUAACCCAGUUCUGGGUGCACCAUGCUCGGAGGCGACCACACCUGGCGAGUUUCAAUGGCGAAAUUUCUUACGUCCAAAUGACAUGCCCUGGCUCAAGGGUCACAGACUGCAAGGACAGACCGUUUUCCCUGCCACAGGAUACGUGAGCAUGGCGGUUGAAGCCAUCAAGGGCCUUAUAUUUGAUAGCCGCCAUGAUAAUGUCAUUAGCAUGAUCAAAUUAACUGAUAUAAGUAUUCCCCGAGCUAUUGCCUUUGACGAUGAUGACUCCAAUGUUGAGACAAUCUUCAGUGUUUCAUCCGUCCACAACUCAGCGAGUAUUGUUACGGCAGAAUGGGCAUGCUACUCAGUUGUCGACGGUGGGAAUAUCCUCCUAAAUGCGAAAGGUCGGGUGGCCGGGCAUCUAUCCCCCGCUAAACCUGACUCUCUGCCACUUGUGAAGGAGCAGGCAUUCAAUCUUGUCGGCGUCAGGGAUGAGCACUUCUAUGCUAACUUAUCUGGCGUUGGGUACGAAUAUUCCCAUCCUUUCAGGGGAUUAUCUAAUAUCCGCCGCAAGUCUGGCUACAGCGUGGGUACUCUAUUCGAUCAAUCCGGACUUGAAUGGGAUGACAAAUUGGUUCUUCAUCCUGGUAUGCUUGACUCUGCUCUCCAAACUGUUUUUGCAGCAUGGUCAUAUCCCGGUGAUACCCAGUUAUGGUCACUGCAUGUUCCUGUUUCUAUCUCUGCUGUCACUAUAAAUCCGUACUUUACGGCACUGGGAGCAGGCGGUAAGCAGAACGUCAUGCAGUUCGAAACACUCAUGAGAAGCAAUCAGCUCUCUAAAGUUGUUGGAGAUAUCUACCUACGCACUGAUGAUGGCUCCCAUGCCGUUUUGCAAUUCGAGGGUGCAACCUUAGUGCCAUUCUCCCCAGCUACCCCGAAGAACGACCUACCCAUGUUUUCACACUUCCAAUACCGGGUGGCCUCACCAGAUGCGCAACUUGCGGCUGAAGGCGAGACCGUAACGGAUUUUGAGAUUCAGAUGUAUAAAGAUGUUGAUCGUGUAUCCUACUGGUUUACACGCCAUGCUUCUCUCUCAAUUCCUUCUGAUGACCGCCAUGGACUACUCCCUCAUUUCCAGAAAUACCUCAAAUGGUGUGAUCGCAUGGUAGGUAUGGUUAGUCGAGGUGAAAAUCCUAAGGUAGGACCUGAGUGCAAUGAUGAUUCUCGUGAGGAUAUUAGCAGGAUCUUAGCUCGUUAUGAGGGCCGCAAGGAUAUCCGCUUCGUUGAAGUGGUUGGCGAUAAUUUAAUCCCCGUCAUCCGUGCAGGAAAUUCUAUGCUCGAACAUAUGAACCAAGAUGGCCUUUUACGAGCGUUUUACGAAGAGAAUGCCAUAUGUGCUGGUCCAACUAGUCGCUGGCUUGCCAGAAUAGUGUCUCAGAUAUCUCAUCGCUUCCCUGGUCUCAAUAUCUUUGAGAUUGGGGCUGGAACGGGUGCCACUACAUCCUCAGUACUUCGAAAUCUUCACGGUGCCUACGCCUCCUAUACGUUUACCGAUAUCUCUAGCGGCUUCUUUAUGGCUGCCGAAGAGCGGUUUGCGAAGGAAUCUGGUCGUAUGACCUUCAAGGUGUUUGAUAUGGAGAAGGGCCCCGCAGGACAAGGCUUCAUAGAAGGCUCUUAUGAUUUGAUUGUGGCUGUGAAUGUGCUGCAUGUGUCCGCUGAUAUGGAAGCUUCGAUGUCCAACAUACGCCGACUCUUGAAGCCUGGUGGGUUUAUUGUAGUAGGCGAGCUCACUUCCACGGACCUCCUAUUCAGCGGCAUGACAGUUGGAACACUUCCGGGAUGGUGGAUUGGUGCCGAGACCGGUCGUCCAUGGGGCCCUUUGCUAACCCUUGACCAGUGGGACUCUGUGUUGAAGAAAACUGGUUUUGCAGGAAUCGAUACUGUAACUCCUAACAUCAAUUCAUCACUUCCUAUCAGCGUGUUUGUCGGCCAGGCCGUCAACGAUCAGGUCACGCUACUACGAAACCCCUUAGCAGUCAAGGAACACCCCAUUGGCGUACGGACUGAUGCUCUUGCUAUUAUUGGGGGAACUACAAACCCCGUACAGGAGCUUGGUCAAGAGAUAUCCGACGUGCUCUCUCAUCGCUUUCAAGACAAGGAAUUCUUCAACACUGUUGAAGAUUUUGCCUCCUCAGCCAUGGCCAAGUCUGUAUCCGUUUCGGGGGCGGUUACCAUCCUGUCACUUACAGAUCUUGACAAGCCCUAUCUUGAAGACCUAACAGCAGAUAGGUUCGAGGCGCUAAAGGCAUGUUUUAUCGCUGGAACCGUUGUCUGGGUUACAUGCGGAUCUAGGGAGGAUACCCCUUAUAGUUACAUGAUGAUGGGCCUCGCCCGUACUAUCAAAACGGAGAACCCAAACCUAAGCUUCCAGCUAUUUGACCUCGAUUCCAAGGCAUCACCUGGGGGGAUUGAGCCUGAUACUGCUACAAUUGUAGCCCAGGAAUUGCUGAGACAGCGAGUUCUUCAAAGCUGGGAUAUAGACGAUGAGUCCCUUCUGUGGACGGUGGAGCCUGAAGUCUUCAUUCAUGAUGGGAGGCAACUGAUCACGAGGCUGAUACCAGACCUUGAGAAAAACAUGCGCUACAAUUCACAGAGAAGGGAGGUCUUUACAGCGGCCAAGCCAGCCGAGGAGACUUUGGAGCUCGUAGGAGUUGGUCGAGGCCAGGAAGAGGCUCUGGAACUGCAUAAAGUCUCACCACUGAGAUUAGCCAGCAUCCCAUCAACAGCGUACCGUACCGUGAGAAUCACGCACUCGCUGCUUCAAAGCGUUGUUGUGGGAGCCUCGGGCUUUUUCAGACUUUGUGUGGGAAUCGAUAUUAAGUCUGGAGAAAUUGUUUUGGCCCUUUCCAGCUCAGGGGAGUCUCCUGCAAAUAUUCCUGAACAAUCGUGCAUUCUUCUCUCCAAAAUGCCAGAUGCGGAUACUCUCGUAUCAGUGGCUGCUCAACUUGUCGCUGAGUAUAUUCUUUCAAUCACUCCUGAAGGGGGCUUCCUUUUGGUCAACGAGGCAGACUUAGCUUUACAGUCCGCUCUACAAUCCAAGGCCAAUAACAAGAAUGUCAGCGCUAUAUUUACUACAGCUGAGCUGCAAGAAAACAACAAUGGCAUUUCCGUCUUCCUUCAUCCCAACUUCCCUCAGCACGUCAUUAAGUUCAUCAUACCAAACACCGCAGCGGUCUUUGUCCACUUUUCGCGCGGUGUUGCCUCCGAAGCUGUUAAGGAUGCUAUUACUCCAUUCCUGCCGCCAGGGUGUCUCAUGGUUAAUGAGGAGGCGGUUCUAGGCCACAAAAUUAACGCAAUAUCCAUUCCCGAACUGAAAAUGAAUCUGGCACAAGUGUUACAGAAUGCUUGGGAUGAUACAAGAGGAACCGUGUCAAACAAAACUAAAUGCAUCGCCCUAGGCACUGCGCCCUCUCAUAGAGUCGUCGGAGAGCCCAUGGCUGUUGUGGAAUGGACUGCAACUGCAUCUGUUAUGGCCAAGGUGCAGCCAAUCGACUCAGGUGUAUUGUUCCGAGACAACCGCACAUAUCUAUUCGUUGGUAUGGCAGGUGAGCUUGGUCAAUCGCUUGCCGGUUGGUUAAUUUCACAUGGGGCACGUUAUGUUGUCCUCACUAGCCGUACUCCCAAGGUGAGUCCGGCAUUUAUUAAGGAUAUGGCGAAGCGAUAUGGGGCUGUGGUCAAAACUAUGUCGCUCGAUAUCACAUCGCGUGAGUCCCUUCAUUACGCGCAUACCGCUAUUACAGCUACUCUUCCUCCCAUCGCCGGUGUCAUGAAUGGCGCCAUGAUCUUGGAAGACGAGCUCUUCUCCAACAUGACCCACGAGCAGUUUGCCCGUGUUAUCAAGCCCAAAGUGCUGGGCACCCAGUUACUUGACGAGCGCUUUCAUGAUGAUACAUCGCUAGAUUUUUUUAUUGUCGCCUCUAGCAUUGCAUCUGUCAUCGGCUGGAGUGGCCAGAGCAACUAUUCCGCAGCCAACGAAUAUAUGGCAUCCUUAGUGUAUAAGCGACGCAACCGUGGAGCUGCCGCAUCCGCCAUGAGCAUUCCCGCCGUUGUGGGUGUGGGCUACGCUGCAAAUUCUAUCAACUUUGACUUUGAAUACUUUCAGUCUGUUGGGUAUAUUAACAUCAGCGAGGAGGAUUUACAUACCCUAUUCGCGGAGGCCGUGGUAUCAGGCCGUCCAGGCCAGGCCCCUGGAGUGAAAGCCCAAGUUGCUAUGGGCGUAAACUUCCUCCCAAGUGAUUUCUUUGUUCAGGAGGCGCAUAGACGUGACAUCAAGUUUAGCCAUUUUAUCCUCCAUGAGGAGACGGGUUUGGACGUCCAGGCUGUCAAGGCGGGAGUACGUGUCAGAGUGCAGCUUGAAACGGCCAAAAAUACAGAGGAGGCAUACACUAUCAUCCGCGACGCAUUUUCAGCGCAUCUCAAGCGUAUGUUACGUAUGACGGAUGAACAAAAAAUCGAAGACUCAAUUGCACUUGUUGAACAGGGUGUUGAUUCCCUCGUUGCUGUCGACAUCCGCUCGUGGUUUCUCAAGGAACUAGAGGUUGACAUUCCAACUCUCAAGAUAUUGGGUGGUGGAUCAAUUGCGGACUUAGCAAAGGCAGCCCUCGAUACCAUGCCUUCGCCCAAAGAUGAUAUCGCACCAGCGAGCUCCGAGUUGCCCCCAACACAUAGUACCCAGCCUGGCCGAAGCAAACUCACCGGAGCUGUACAGAGGGCUGUGCUCUCAAGCAAGGAUACAGCCAGCUCGUCUCCGUUAUCAGCUGGUAGCCCGAUCUUCACGCCUGCACAAGGAGACACACCUUCUAUCUCCGAUGACGACUCUAUCUCAACACCUCCCCCUUCCCAGUAUUACUUCGGAAAGAAGGAUACAGGAAAAAUUGUCAAAACCUCCCUUUAG